AUGUUCAGUUCAUUACUACCCAAACCUAAAUACUCAUCACAUGAACCUUCGUCGAGAAUAAAAUUAAAGAAGGUUCGUCCUCAUGAAAAGUCGAAUCAGCUUGUGAAGUUGCCCGAAAAUAAGUCUGACAUAAAGGUAAUGGACAAUCCUAGUAACUCAGAAUCUACGAUCUCCCAAUUAUAUUUAAACCCAGAUGGAACUUUAAAUUACAACCUAACUAUUGCAUCCUCUAAUGGUAACUCAAGAAAAGUGCAAUCAUCAUAUGAAGAUACCAUACCACUAAAAGUAAAGUUCCCAAACUUGAAGCAUCAUUUCCCAAGAUACACAGUUGAAACAUGUCCGGAUGACUCAUUGAGAGAAUGUGUCGAAGAUACAAAAGCUGCGAUCAAUAAGAUGAUGAAUGAAAAGAUGGGAAUAGAUGAAAAGACUAACAAGAAAGACGAUGUGACAUACAUAAAGUAUACAAGUAAUAACUUAGUAAAAGAUCCAGAAGGAAGUGACGAUGAAAGAGGAAGGGAACGCAUUAUUCAAAUACGAAAUUAUCAAGAAGAUCCAAUGUUACCACCCAAGUUUAAAUUGCGGAAAAAUAGGCAUAAGAAUCCAUCACCACCUCCACCAUUGUUGAAAAGUAGUAAUAACGAACAAACUAGCAAAUUAACAAAAGAAGACCAAGCCAAGUGGCAAAUCCCAUCAGCUAUAUCCAAUUGGAAAAAUAAUCAGGGUUUUACGAUAUCAUUAGAUAAAAGGAUGGUGGCGGCUAAUGGAGGAUCAGAAUUAGCCACUAAUGAUGUAAAUUUAGAGAAGUUUGGUGAGUUAUCUGAAGCGUUGGAGAAUGCCGACAAACAAGCCAGAGAAGAAAUAAAAAUACGGAGCGAAAUGUUAAAACAAUUAGCCAUUAAGGAACAACAUGAAAAGGAGAAUAAAUUAAAGGAAUUGGCAGAUAUUGCCAGAAGUAAGAAAUUAAAUAACAAGAGACCGCCCAGUCGGGAUUAUGAUGAUGUCAAGAAAAAACCGAAAUAUUGA